UAGAGUCAAAUCAGAUAUCAGAGUUUAGUCUAGGUCGUUUCAGGUUAUGUUAGUUUGGUAAAGUUGAGAUGUAUUAUCAGUUGUUUUAAUUUACAUUAUAACAUGUGCUGUUUUUUGUUAGCGUAAUAUUUAUUUAUUUAGUUUUUGUUAUAAAAUUAAUAUGGAUAUAACAAAUAAGAGCCCUGAAAAUAGUGAAGUUAAGAAGGAAAAUGAUUUGUUAUGUACGGAUAGCCCAAACCGAGAUUCAUUGUUACUACCGGUGGUGUCCUCAGAGCAGCCUACUACGUAUCUGCUAGGUUCUGGUCUUCAGAUGAACCAGGAGGAAGCACUGAGAGGUGUCAGUUUGGAGGCUCUCAGUCACAUCAUGCAGUCUUCCUGUCAUCCGAGCAGCUCCCAGUUCAACCUUCUUGCUGAGGGGUUUGGCACCAACCCUGGCUACCAGAGCCCCUGUACCAUCCAGACCUAUAACAAUGUGCAGGAGAAGACAGAGGAGCCUGUAGCAGAGGCUGUUUACUCUGAUGAUGACGAGCGUAGCACUGCCAAUGACAUCGGAGUUCUCUGUUCUGUCUGCAAGAUGAGUUUCCGCAACACUUCUGAGCUCUUGAGCCACAGGCGGUCUGUACAUCGGGGGCAGAUCAGCUGUGAAUUUUGCGGUAAAAACUUUGCCAACACACACAAUCUAAAAAUUCACUCAUUUUCCCAUACAGGAGACACAAGAUCAAAAUCAUUUUGUAAUUCUUGUGGAAAGGGAUUUGUUAAACCUUCUGACUUGAGGCGACAUGAACUGAUUCAUGCUGGAAGGUAUUCAUGUUUAGAAUGUAACAUCACUUUUAAUACUGCUGAUGAAGUCAAGGAACACUCUAAAACACAUGAUGAUUUUUCUGGUAAUUGUUCAGAUUAUAAUAAAGACUUUGACAGUCACCCCUCUCGAUCAGAGUUAGUUGGCGAACAACCAGAAAAAGAAACAUUCACAUGCGAGACUUGUGGGUUGACUCUGGAAAGUAAAUUUGAUUUGAAAGCACACUGUCUAAAACACACAGAUGCCUCACAAAACAUUUGUGGAACUUGUGGUAAAAAUUUUAGCCGACCCUCUGAUCUGAACAGGCACUCUGUUAUACAUACGGGGGAGCGGCCGUUUACAUGUUCGGAAUGUGAAAUGAGUUUCACUAACCAGAGCAAUCUGAGAAUGCACCUCAUGACACACUCUGAUGUUAAACCUCAUCCAUGUACGGUGUGUGAUAUGUCAUUUCGCAGGUCAGCUGAUUUGGAACGACACGCCUGUCUUCACAGUGGGGCAAGACCUUAUGCAUGCAAUUUGUGUCCGAUGGCAUUCACCACCAGUUAUAAUUUGAAGAUUCACCAACUAAGACACUCCGGAAGCUUGCCUUAUCCUUGCUCUCAGUGCAAAAAAGCCUUCAGCAAACCAUCAGAACUGCAGAGGCAUGCUAUUGUCCAUUCAGGUGAACGACCAUUUACAUGCCCUCAGUGUGGAAUGAACUUUUCAAAUUCCAGUAAUCUUAGAAAUCAUAUGAUAACACAUACUGGGCGUCGCCCUUAUCCUUGUAGUAUUUGUAAAAAAGCUUUCACUAGGCCUUCCGAUGUUAAAAGACAUGUUUUAACCCACACUGGUGCUCGACCAUUCGCUUGUCAUAUUUGUGGUCUAGCGUUUGCUGACUCUUCAAAUUUGAAGAAACAUACCUUAACACAUUCCAAACAUUUAAACCAUUUAAACAGAUCAAUGUUAACACUUCCGUACCAUUGUCAUGUUUGCAAUAUAACGUAUAGUUCUUCAGGAGAUUUUGAAGCCCACAUGAGGAACAAUCACAACGAGACGUCCAAGGAUUUUUUGGGUAAAGUGGAUGGCAUCAAACAAUAUACCUGUGCGAUCUGUGGCCUUCGGUUUGCCCACGCGAUUCAUUUGCAGGAACAUUCACUGAAUCAUGAUCGAGAACAUUCAUUCCAGUGCGAGAUUUGUGACAAAUCAUUCUCCCAAGAACUGUUUCUCCAGCGGCAUCUUCUCACCCAUACGGAAGCUCGACCCUACGAAUGUCCUGAAUGUUUCAAGUGUUUCAAAAGUUCGUCUCAUUUAAAAAAUCAUAUUCCGAUUCAUUCUGGUGUGAAGCCUUUUGUAUGUGUGACUUGCAACAAGGCAUUUUUGAAGAACGCUUCGUUAAGACGGCAUCAGUCAAUCCAUGCCAAAGGAAACACUGUAGCUUGCCACAUUUGUGGGAAGAGUUUCCUUAACAUGGAGUACCUCAAGAAGCACAGUGUGACUCAUGAAUCAUAACCUCCCCGAGUACACUAGUGUUAUAGACCUCCCUUAAGCUUUCUGUGAUAUUGGCUGGACUAGGUAGCAUGUAGUUAUUUAGUUUUAAUCUUAGUGAUUCUUUAUUAAGUUAAAGCUGCACUCUAAAACUAUUAUACACAGUUGAAACAUUAGUAUAAAAAUAUUAAACUUUAAUAUACCUGUUAGUGUAUACCAUAAUACAAAGCACUUAUAUUAUUUUUUAAAGCUAAAUUGUGAAGCAUAAAGUGUUUGGUAAAUACCAAAAACUCUUUUUUCAUUAUGAAUGAUUUAAUUACCAAAAAGUCUUUUUUCAUUAUGAAUGAUUUAAUUAUAGUAAACACUCUCUGGUCUGACCCCUCUUAAUCCGAUUCCAUGUCUAAUUUGGCUAUGAUGGAAUGUUUAUAGAUGGAAACUCUUUUUCAAUCUAUAACCGUUCACUGUUUAUUUUAACGGUUUCCAUUCAUAAUCCUAGUCUUUUACUAAUCACUUCUUUACAUUAUGACCGUACAUCUUGCCCUUUAAUGGAUAAACAAGAGUCAGCUGAGGGUUAAGGAAAUCUGUUACUUGAGGGGCUGGAAAAAGUUUAUUUCUAUGUGUCUGAUCUGACUGUCCGCACAAUAUUUAAAAAAACAAACUGGUCUAUUGUGAAUUUUUUCAGGAAGCUUCAUUUCUAUAUAGGUAACAUCAAAUUCGAUGAUAGUGCAUGUCACUCCAUGGUAUUUGGUGAGCAUUAGUGAACAUUUUUACAUUGGUCUUAUAUAUAACCAUGAUGGCAACAAGAAAAUUGCAACAAUAAAAAAAAAAACAAAUCUUUAAACCAAUUGAACACAGUCAUUUGACAUUUUAACGUAGAUAUAGUAACACAUGCAAUGAAAGCACUUUAUUUGAUUGGUCAGCAAGACUUUCGUUAUGUUUUGUCAGGUCCUUGAAUACUCAGUUUUAUUGGUCUAUUUGUGUGUACACAAGGUAGAAUUCUAUUAUAGUCCAUGUUCCUCCGUGGGAAUUGAUCAAACCUUUGCAAAGCCUAUAACUCAGGGUGAUAACUUAAAAAUUAAUUGUGCUAUAAAGUUGAAAUUUAUAUUUUUAAAUUUAAAUAAAUUCAGAUAUAUUUAAUUAAUAGACUGAGCGUUAGCAAAGCCAUAAUAUCACUCAAGGGCCUGGAAAAAUUAAAUUUUUGUCUGUCUGCCCUCACAAUAUCUUAUAAAUGAACUGAUCUAUAGACUUGAAAUUGUGCAUGAAGCUUCAUUACUACAUAAGGAAAACCAAGUUCUGUCUGAGCAGUAGCAAUAUAUUUACAUUGGUCUUAAUGGGUAAUGAUGAUGGCAACUAAAAUUUAGCAGAAUGAAUAAAUUUGUAAACAAACUUAGUACAUUCAUAAAAUAUAUUAACUUGUGAUAUAUUGAUACAUGUAGCUAAACACAUACACCAAUUUAUGGUGACUUGGUGUGUAGAUUUAUUAUGUAAACAUCUAUAUGUAACCCAAUUUAAUGAAAAAAAUAUGAAUGAAACAUGUGGCAAGAUAUUUCGAGAAAGAUACCAAUACUGUAGACUUUCAUAUAACCUCAAAUUAAGUUUGCAUAUAACCUCAUUUCUACAUAGAAAUAAAGAAUGAGUUCUAUCAUGGUGGAUGUCCAACCAUGGAAUUUGGCUGAGUGCUGUUUAAGUGUAUAACUUAGUAGACUGACACAAUUUCUCUAUUAUUUGCUGGAGAUGUUCCAUAUGAUUGCCUGUCAUUAAUGAAAUAAGUUAUAGACUCGAAAUUUUGCAUUGAAUGUUAGCAGUAUGUUACACAACACAUAGUGUGCAUACUCCUACCUUUGCAAUUAGUUGUACACAAAGAUUCAAUAAAAUUAUGGCAUAUGAUGUUUAAUAAAGAUUGUAUUUAAUAUUGUUAAAAAAAGAAUAUUAGUUACUUAAUAAUUUGGGACAGCAAUGUACUUUUUCACAACUAUAACUAAAUUACUAGAGGUAAUUAAGUUAAGAAAUUUAAAAUUGAAAUAAGAGAGAGGAGGAUUGGUGGUGGAAGGGUGUUUCUAAAUAAGUCAGUUAAUAAAUAACAUGAAAUUGAAAAGGAACACUUGCUGCACACCUAUCGUUGCAAUUAAUUGUAAUAGCUUGUAGUUAACCAAACAUAUUUUGUGUUUAGUUUCAUUCUUUGUAUGGUAACAUUGUUCUCACUCCAACACACAAACUAUGUCUUCAGAGUUUCUCAAAAUUGUUUCAAUCUACUCUCCCUAAUAUCUUUUUGGUUACUACCAAUGUCACCUUCCUUUUCAUCAACACCUCUUAUGUUCUUUGUCUGGCUGCUUUUGUAAAACUUUCUUGAUCAAGAUCUUUCUGAUAACAAACCCACAUAAUCCUUCAUAUUUCACUUUUCCAACUCAUUAUUAUUUUAAAAAGUCACUUCCAAAGUGCCGGCAACAAAAUUAUACUCAAAUCAAGACAUGCUUCCCUAAAUGGUCCCUUCAUAUACUACUCCUUUUUUCUUUUUCUUACAAAAAGGAAAGGCCGAUCCCCUUUAAAGCCUUAUUCCGUCUAUUCACAUGGGUGAGGGUCUUAUCAAAGAGGAUAGGGGGAAAGUCAAUACAGUACAAGGUCGAUGGUACUGAUACAAAGUGUUGUAUCUUAGGCUGUUAGGUCAUCGUUUGGCACUCCCAAAGCUUCUUUAUGGGUAGAUUACUGAAAGAUUUUCUCCAGAAACAUUUCAUUCAACCUCUUUGACGGCUACACUUCAUGGGCAUUAUCAUAAUUUGAACUAGCAUUAAAUUAAAUUUUGAAACCUUGCAUACUUCUCAUUUCUUGAUUUAUUUUGCAAACAUCUUGGGAAAAUAUUAACUUUCUUGAUGUGGUGAUUGAACUUGAAUUGAGGACUUUCCAAAUGAGAGUGUUGAACAGAACACACAAUCUUGUUAUAUGGAAUUGGCCUGCAAGACAACCUUUAUGUUUAUGAUAGUGUUCUUUGCAAGAGGCCAGUCUUUGGUGUUGUAUUUAGAUCCUUUGUUUUAAUCAAAUUUUGAGGUGUUUACUCCAGUCAUUGACUACUUUCAUA